ACCACCCCAACAGCAUAUAUAUAUGAUGACGUUGCGCUUGAUUCAAACGAUUCAAACCUGUAGAAAACCGUUACAGCGGUGAAAACAAAAAUCUGAAUGUCAAAUCGUGCUCUACGGGAACUCAUAAUAGAACAUUUGUCAAUAAACAGUUGGGUAUAGAAAAAUGAGUGCUGUUUUUACUCAACUCAGAAAUUUCGGUAAAAAAAUUGAUGGCGACUUGAAAAAAUUGGAGGAAAAUUGGAGUUCGCCGCUCUCUUACAUUAGUGGUUAUGGCGACAACGUUGAAGAAGCGAGUCCCUAUGUUGAAGCUUUUCUCGGUACAAUCAAAGAAAUACAGGAUCAGCUGAUUGAAAACUUGGAUUCUCGAACAACACAUAUAACCGAGACUAAUAAAGUCUUGUCACACGUGGAAAAUAUUUACGAAGAACUGAAACAACAAUAUGAAGACGUUGAAAAGCUACUUGCUGAUAACGGUUAUCAAUCCUUAAUAGAAUAUCCUCAAUGUUCAUCCACAACAGAGUCUGACAUGGAAUCGAGUAUUCUUACGCCAGAACAAAUGGGAAAUACUACAUCGUCGUCUGUAUUCCUCAGUCCUGAUGAAAACAGGGUCUCCGACACGUUUAUAACACUGCGAAAUCAACCAAAAAGUAUUGCCACUCCAGUAAUUAAAAGUGUUGGAAUUGUUUCAAAAUCAAGACGCUAGUUUUAGUAUAAAAUAAUAUCCUUAGCUGUUGAAACCUGAAUGGGAACUGUGUAUAUACUUUGAAACAUUUGUCUGCAGAUUCACUGAAAUAUGUCCUUCAAUGGUAUCAGUGAGAAGCAUAAAGAAUUCUUACAUGCCUACUAAUAUUCACUUUAAAGAGUUGAAUAACAAACAAUUUCCUUAAACUAUUAAAUGAAAUAGGGUGAGCGACGAAAGUAUUUGUACAAAGGAUAUAUUAAACCAAAUGUAGAUCAACACUUUCAUAAGACUCAUAACUUUAUCAUUAGUAAUAAGCGCUGUUAAAAAUUGAGCAAUAAGCAAUUGUUUAGAUAAUUUUGUAAUGGAAACUGUUUUCAAUAAAUACUUGUUUUAUAGUA